UAGUAGUACAAAGAUGGUAGAUGUGGACGAUAACGAUGUCAUCCUGUUACUUGAAGUCCACGAUAAAGACUUCGUUGAAAAGCAGGUGAAAGCAGAAUUAGAGAAACGUAAACUUCGCUGUCUUCUGCGAACAGAGUUAGAUAAUGGUACAAAGCUUGGAGAUGCGUGUCAAAGGCGCAUAAUCAUUUACUCAGGUCAUGCUCUCGGAAACAACAGCUGGAAACAUUUUUUAAUGGACGCCUUGGAAUCUAGGCGACACUUUCUCUUUCUUUUGGUCCAUGUAAAAUCAGAACGAGCUCCUCUUGUUAUCAUGGAAUUCAACUACAUCACAACAACGCGUCCUUUGUGGAAGGAGGAUUUAGUCCAUUUUGCUACAUCAGGAAGCAUAACAUCAAUGAUCUUGGAAACAAACUUUCUCCCUUGGAUAUAUAAUGACCUUUCGCAAGCAUUGCGUGCGCUUCUAAGAAACAUAGCGGCACCAAGACAACCGGGCAGGUUACGAAUGACAUUGGCCGCCAGUUCAACAAGUUUGAACACAAUCUCCCUGGUAUGCAGAAUCGACGAUGCAUUCAGAGUUAAAGAAAUUAAUUACCAACUUGAAGAGAGGGGAGUUGAGUGCAGCGUCGUCCAUAUUCUCGAUGAAACCAAAGAUAUCUUAUCAUUUGACCAAGAGCAGCUAUAUUGCGUUGUGAUAUUUCUGCCCGAGGGGAGUGAACAAUUUAAAAAACUGGUUAAAAGAGGACUUAAAUGCAUCUCUGUUGUGCUCGAUAAUGAAUUGUCACCCUCCGCUGUGCACAGAAUCAGCCACCGGACAGAAAGCUUUCUCGUUCCGGAUAAGGAUGUCAUCCGGUCAUUAAUCCAAGCAAUUACAGGAUAUAUGCCACCAAAUGUAUAUUUGACGCACUUGAGCGCAUACUGCCGUAAACUUGUAUGGGGCAUGCCUGAUAGUGACAGGGAAGAACCAGUGACAGAAAUGAGGCAACUAAUAAGAUCCAUUCGAAUGCACACCCAGAGAUACAGAGAACCAUGUUCCGAAAAAGAGAGGUCACAUGAUGUCAUGCCAUUACCUGGUAGUAGUGAAGAGGACGUCUUCAAAAGAUUAUCUGAAUGCCUGUUUGAUCCUGAUUGGUACUCGUACCUCAAGCAUGACCGAGUGAGGGAGGCAGAGUCACAUGGUUCAAAAACAACCGGACGAUGUGUGCUUAUUUAAAAUCUGUAGCACACUUUAGUCUAUUUGGCCAAUCUGCAACAAAGUCAACUGACUGAAUAAAAAAGGUAAAUCAUUCCUGAGACAGCGAUGGAUGCACUUGAAUGGAAAUCAAUUAAUGUGUAAAGAUGCUGUGCUACAAACCAUUAUGAAUACUCUACAGUCCAUGUUUCAGAACAAAAGCUUCUUCAGAAUGAAUAUUUAGAUGUUACAUAUUACUUUUCAAUAGACACAUGUAUUGAAUUAGAUAGUUAAUGCCGAAUAGCUAAUGCCCCAUUUACUUUGGGUUACUUACUUAAGGUCGUCGCUUUGCGCCAGUGAAGACUUUGAAGACAGUGAAUACUAAUUCAUACAGGGUGAAUGGAUAAAUACAUAAAUGGAGGCAGUUCAAUUUAUUGUUAUUAGUAUUUGGAAAUUUACACCUGUAUAAAACUAGCUUCGUUACCUUAAUUAAUCGCCAUAACUGAUAAGAAAGGUACUGUCCUGCAAUGCGUCAAUAAAACAUAGGAUCUUGUCAGCUCGGAUAAUCAGUCAUUAAUCGUAUAAAAUGUUAAUCAGAUUGAAACUUGCUCUUCGUUUUUCACUAAAUGUGUUAUCCUUUUGACAUAUAUACUGUACAAAGUUUCCAUUUUAACCAUUGGAUAGCGAUAUUAGGGAUACAAAAAUGCAUCCCGUGUUUGGGACAAUUACUUUCCCACAGGAUAACUGCUCAGAAGAAAAUAUUUUUAUUCACAGAAUGGCGCUACCAAGUGUUCAUGAAACUGGGCCCAUGUAAUUACUGAAUUGUUUCAGAUCGUUAUUUCCGUAAGCAUCAGUAUUUGUUGGUUCCAUCGUAGUAUCACAUAUUGCACAUGCAAUGUGUUGCAAUGGUAGCCAUUAUGUCAAUUAUUAAAAGCACCAUUCUCCCAUCACCUUUGGUCCGAGACGCUGAGUUGACUUCUACCAGGCGAAGUCGUUUCCAAUAUUCCUACAGAGAGAUUCAAUAGGAAAACGUUAUAUUCAGAUAUCCUGCGACUAUGUUAUAUGAUGUGUGUGUUUUAAAGCAGAUAACAAUAUAUAUAGUACCAUAUUCGCUCAUACACACACAGGACAAUAGAAGUGUCACACCCUGAAUCAGAGUAAUCAAAGUUAUAAUGCCUGGUCUACUUUUAAUGUGA